CAGCUGAUGAUAUUUAUCAAGACCAACACGUAGAACAUUUGCCAAAGAUCAACAUUUACCUUCCCUCCGAACAAAAUAUUUUUCUUUUUGAAAUAGCGCAUCAGGUUGACUUACCCGAAGAGGCUGUGAGAUUGGUUCUUGACUCCUUGGAAGUAACUUCUAGCGAAGUAUUACUGCUAACCGGGGAAGUGUAUGAAGGAGUGGUGAAUGUUUUCAAGGAGGCAAGGGAUCUUUGCAUUGAAGGUGACGACAAUGGUGCAGAUCUCGUCAUAGCGGAAGCAGACUGCCUCGACGAUGAUAUAAACAGUUUUUUCUUUGCUGACUCUAUCGCACUGUCUACUACAUUUACUUCCCGAAGAAGAAGUAUUCGUCCACCAACGAGGCUUGAAUUAUAACUUACUCAACACAUUUGGUUGGUUCUUUCGUCGCGCUUAUGUCGUCACCAAACUCAAUUGAUUAACUACUACCACUUUGCGUCCAUCCCUGAGGCGAGGCGAAUUUAGUGCAUAGUUUUACUUUUAAAACGUUAAUGGUCUUGUUUGGUUACGUGUCACUUUCGAUAAAUGAAGGAAACAUUUAAAAUCUUGUUCUAAGGCUACUCUUCGUCACACCUCAAGGGUGGACGCAAAUGGGAGUACUGGCCGGUAAGUUGGCCGUAACCAGCCCUCCUCGUUUAAAAUAUGCGACGACCUCCGUCACGGCUGGUGUCCCAGUGCGAUAUGAUGUGCUUCGGAAAUAGAACUUCAUUUGCGUUGAUGCAUAUUUGAUCAGCUGAUAUCCAGACGACGACAGCACGACGUUUGAAUCGGCCCUUAGUCGAGCUCGUUAUUCAAACGAUCAACAGUACGUUUAUCAACUAAAAAACUUCCAAGAAUUGUGUUCCUGUAUGACUGUGUAAAUGUAAGCACGAGACUGAGGAGAGAGUUGACUUGCUGGCUUGUGUGGAAUUACGCAUUGAAACUAGUUCAAAACAACUGGUAGAUCCCGUGGACGGUAUUUUUCUUGGUGUAUCUUCUACUACAGUAGCACGCUAACCCGCAGUGCAAAACACCAAGUAUGGCUUGAAUUAGAAAUGCAAAAUAUGGCGGCAGGGCUGCGAUUUCUUCCUAAACCUUGGCGCUUCCUUCAAUCACCCGAACUGACUGAAUUCAGCCGCCUCCCGAGAACUGCUAUCUCAGCAGGCAGGCCGCUGAGCAGCACAAUAUCUAAAACUCCCCUAGCUGAAGAAGCCCGGGCCGAAAAUUGGCGACGCCGAGUUGAUCUAGCAGCUUCCUAUCGCAUUUUGGAAAAGUACAACUUACACGAAGGGGUGUGUAAUCAUUUGAGUAUAAUGGCUCCUGCAGCAAGCGGAGACGGAGAGGUGAUGUUAAUCAUCCCAUAUGGACUGCACUGGAGCGAGGUUAAAGCCUCAUCAUUUGUCGGCUUAAAUGUGAAACGCGAAGUGGUCGAUGGAGAAGGUGAAGUAGAUACAGCUGCCUCGACAAUUCACAUGGGAGUUCAUCGAACUCGACCAGAUGCUGUUUGCGCCUUCCACGUACAUCCACCAUACUGCACAGCCCUAGGAACCUUAAAAAAUCCCAGGCUUGGAAUGUACCACCAGAACGCCUGUCUGUUUUACAACCAAAUUUCUUACGAUCGAGAGUACAGUGGGCUUAGUACUGACGAGGAAGAGGGCAUGCGAACAGCAAAGCAGCUAGGGGACAAGUCGGUACUGUUUAUGUGUAAUCACGGGGUACUGGUGGUGGCUCCCAAUGCUGCAAGAGCUAUGGAUCAUACUUAUUAUUUAGAGCGUGCCUGUAUGAAUCAGGUCCUGGCAAUGUCGACUGGACAAGAAUUGUUUGAAAUACCAGACGAAUUAGCAAAGCUUGUACAUCAACAACUUGACGGACCAGGCGAAAGACAAAAAUUCUGCGACGCUCAUUUUGAAGGCAUGAAAAGAAUUCUUUCCAAGGAGUGCCCCGACUUAAUGGAAUAAGCAGUCAUGGGCCCUGAAAUUCAUCUCUGUCAUAGCAGAUGUUGACUUGGUUGGCUAUUUUUCUUUCUCGUGAAACUAUCAAUAACUACUUGUAGUAUCUGACAAAAACUUGGCCAGAGUAUUGAACAGUUUUUGCAUAUCUGGUAAACAGCAAAACGACACUGUUUUUUCGUUCCUUGUCUCAGGUUUUGUGUUUUUUUUUUCUUCGAAAUUUGUUCGCAUUAAGUCAAGAAUGAAUUGCUCAACAAACGUAUGGCCAUAACUGCACAUUAAGUAAAUUUGUCACUUUUUGUCACAAGUUGUCAAUUUUUGAUACCUAUUUCUCAGUGACGGUCGUCUCAAUUCCAUUUAAAACAGAGACCACAUAUUUUUCUUUGAAAAUAGCACAGAUUGGAGUCUAUCAGUGGGUUUUGUGUCAAUGGUAGAAACUCUGAAUUUAAUAUCGAGUUUUCGGUUAGACAUAAAAAACUGUAGGGAAAUUAAAAGUAUUUCAGUGUUGUA